GUUUUACCAACCUCAUAAUCGUUGGUGCUGAAAAUAGAAAUGAGUUCAGAGUUGAGUAGGCUAAGUAACUGAAACUUUCUGACUAAGCAAAUGGCAGAGGGAGGAGAAGAAAGACUUCCAGACUUGUACGAGACGGUUUGGUCUUGUUGGGAAAAGCUGAACAGCACAGAGGAACCAUCGUCUUCAUACAAUGUUCAGAAAACAAUCAUCACAGGAAUAACAGCUGGAAUGAAGGCCAUUAGAAUGGUGAAUGAGCUCUGUCUGUUCAGUAGUAACGAAGAGAUUGAAGAGGUGGCAACAAAUGAAAUAAAGUACCUUUUGUUGCCUGCAUUUGUGGGAUAUUUCACAGAGAGGAAAACUGUGAAGAAAAUGGAGGACAGGGGAGGUUUAGUAAAGGAAGCAACAGCAUAUUACACAGAUUUCCUUAGAAACUGUGAUAGUUAUGGAGUAGCCAAAAUUGAUAAGAAGCUUCUAAAUCUAAGUUCUGAGAGUCAGCAAAAAGCUGUGUGUCCUAAUGGACCUCCACAAGGACUAGCUGGUCAAAUGCAGACCAGAGAGGAGAAGAUCAAAAGUUUUAAAGAAAAGAAGGAGCUUGAUGCCAAAGUGACAGAACUCCACGAGAAAAUGAAGCAAGAACAUGUAGAUGAUGAAAUAAAGAGAGAAUACUUCUUGGGUUUAAUUAAACAAUGGGUUGGAACUGCAAAAGAGAGUCUGGAAUCUCUCCAGGUUGAGACCACCAUGUUAGGCCUGCGGCAUCAAGCGUUAGAUGAUAAACCUCCCGAAAACAAACCUAAGGAACAGAGGAAGGCAUUCCGUCCAUUCAUCAUCACCAAAGACAUGAUUCAGAAGGCAGUGUUUGGUGCAGGUUAUCCCAGCUUACCCACAAUGACCAUAGAGGAGUUUUAUGAACAGAAAGUCAAAGAUGGCACCUUCCAUCCUCCUACAUCACAGGGACACAGCAUGCAAGACUGGGCAAGUGAUCCAGACAAAGAUAAAGAGGCCCAGGAGAGGGAGGCAGAGGAAAAAGAAAAUAAGAUUGAACAAGACAAUCCAGAGGAGCUACAGAAAGCCAGGGCAAUGGACGACUGGAAAGAUGAUCAUCGUAGAGGAUGGGGGAAUCGCAAAAAUAUGGGCUGAGAUGAAAAUGUGCAGUUCACACUAAGACCAAUAGACUCUAAUGGUGUUGCCAUUUGACAGUCUAUCAGCAUGUGCUCUCCACGAACUGAGGAAAAUAUUUAGCAUAGAAUCUGAAAGGCCAUGAUUCAAAACUCAGGAAUUUCUUUAUUUCUCUAUGAUAACAGUGAAAACAUGGUGAGAAAUAAUCAAGACUAAGAGUAAAGGAUGAAAGUUUUGCUUUUAUGACAAACAAAUGCUAUUAUACAUGUAUGUGUAGAAUUAUUUGCCUGUGAUAAUACUUGUAAUUAUUAAUAAAGACCUUUUA